GUGAAUAGCGGAAGGGAGGCAAGAAGGGAGGGAAAGAAGAGGAGUGGAAGAGAGGAGAGAGGGAGGGAGGCAGCGAGCGAAAGAGCGAGCGCGCAAGCUGGGGUGGGAGGGAGGGAGUUCUCCGCAGUCAGCUCGCCCAGCGAGCGAGCUCCGGGGGAGCCCUCCGCCUCCACUGGAUGCGCCCGCCGCGCAGUGUGAUGUGAUUGGAGGGAGGGAGCCCCCUGUGCCGAGCGGUCCAGAGCACAGACUCGAUGCUGGGCAAUGUAAGUUCAUCCCGGAGCUGAGAGAGGUUUAGGCACAUGUUUGAGAGCUGCCCGCAAGUUCUUUGCUGCUGAGAGUCAGUAUCCAUUUGGAUUAAAAUACUCACACGGCUUGUGACUAACACAGGAGGGGGCAAAACAGAAUACCAGGUACCUAUUACACCAUUUCUCUGGUGAAGGCUAUUCAGCAGUGGUGACCUCUUCCAAUCGAACACUCCACAAAUUAUUAUCUCUGGACUCCCAGCUGACACCCUGCCGGAGGCUAGAGCUACUAAGCCAACUGGAACUGUGCCCGUUCUCCUGUCAAGGUUUUUUUCUUACAGAGGAAAAAGGAAAAAAAAAAAGAUGAAGUUGGGCAAAGUGGAGUUCUGCCAUUUUUUGCAGAUAAUAGCCCUUUUCCUGUGUCUUUCUGGAAUGAGUCAAGCAGAACUCUCAAGGUCCAGAUCAAAGCCUUAUUUCCAGGCAGGGAGGCCACGGACCAAGCGCAGCUGGGUGUGGAAUCAGUUCUUUGUGCUGGAAGAAUAUAUGGGUUCAGAUCCUCUUUAUGUAGGAAAGCUUCACUCUGAUGUUGAUAAAGGAGAUGGCUCCAUCAAAUACAUCUUGUCAGGCGAAGGGGCAAGUUCCAUUUUCAUUAUUGAUGAGAACACUGGGGAUAUUCAUGCUACAAAGAGGCUGGAUCGGGAGGAGCAGGCCUACUACACGCUACGAGCACAAGCACUAGAUAGGCUGACUAAUAAACCUGUGGAACCAGAGUCGGAAUUCGUCAUUAAGAUUCAGGAUAUAAACGACAAUGAACCAAAAUUUUUGGAUGGCCCAUACACUGCGGGCGUGCCUGAAAUGUCGCCUGUGGGAACCUCGGUGGUACAAGUAACAGCUACGGAUGCAGAUGAUCCUACUUAUGGCAACAGCGCCCGAGUGGUAUACAGUAUUCUUCAAGGACAGCCAUAUUUUUCGGUGGAGCCAAAGACAGGUGUCAUCAAGACUGCCCUUCCCAACAUGGAUAGAGAGGCUAAAGACCAGUAUUUGCUUGUAAUUCAAGCAAAGGAUAUGGUUGGGCAAAAUGGAGGACUAUCAGGGACAACGUCUGUCACAGUCACACUUACUGAUGUCAACGAUAAUCCACCCCGCUUUCCAAGAAGGUCUUACCAAUACAAUGUCCCAGAGUCAUUGCCUGUGGCAUCAGUGGUGGCACGAAUAAAAGCUGCUGAUGCUGAUGUGGGACCAAACGCAGAAAUGGAAUACAAGAUUGUGGAUGGUGAUGGCCUGGGAGUUUUCAAAAUUUCUGUUGACAAAGAUACACAGGAAGGAAUCAUUACUAUUCAGAAGGAGCUGGAUUUUGAAGCCAAGACAAGCUAUACCCUGCGCAUAGAAGCCGCCAAUAAGCACGUUGAUCCUCGCUUCCUCAGCCUGGGCCCCUUCAGUGACAUGACAACAGUAAAGAUAAUUGUGGAGGAUGUGGAUGAGCCCCCCAUAUUUAGCUCCCGCUUGUAUCCCAUGGAAGUGUCUGAAGCCACCCAAGUUGGCAAUAUCAUUGGAACUGUAACAGCACAUGACCCAGAUUCCUCAAACAGUCCUGUUAGGUACUCAAUAGAUAGAAACACAGACUUGGAGAGAUAUUUCAAUAUUGAUGCCAACAGUGGAGUCAUUACAACUGCCAAAUCUUUGGACCGGGAGACGAAUGCUGUUCAUAACAUCACAGUCCUGGCAAUGGAAAGUCAGAAUCCAUCUCAAAUAGGAAGAGGCUAUGUGGCCAUCACUAUAUUGGACAUCAAUGACAAUGCCCCUGAAUUUGCCAUGGAUUAUGAGACCACUGUCUGUGAAAAUGCCCAACCUGGUCAGAUUAUCCAGAAAAUCAGUGCAGUUGAUAAAGAUGAGCCAUCCAAUGGUCACCAGUUUUACUUCAGCUUAACAGCUGAUGCAGCAAAUAAUCACAAUUUUUCAUUAAAGGACAACAAAGAUAACACUGCCUCAGUACUCACCAGGAGAAAUGGAUUCCGGAGACAAGAACAGUCUGUUUACUAUUUGCCAAUUUUCAUUGUGGACAGUGGUUCUCCUUCCCUUAGCAGUACCAACACUCUCACCAUCCGAGUAUGUGACUGUGAUGCAGAUGGCAUUGCUCAAACGUGUAACGCAGAAGCAUACAUUUUACCAGCAGGACUUAGCACAGGAGCCCUCAUAGCAAUCCUUGCCUGUGUCCUGACAUUAUUAGUAUUGGUGCUCCUGAUUGUCACAAUGAGACGACGGAAAAAAGAGCCAUUGAUUUUUGAUGAGGAGAGGGAUAUUAGAGAAAAUAUUGUCCGUUACGAUGAUGAAGGUGGCGGUGAAGAAGAUACAGAGGCUUUUGACAUGGCUGCUUUGAGAAACCUCAAUGCCAUCCGAGAUACUAAGACACGAAGGGACGUGACACCAGAAAUUCAGUUCUUAAGUCGACCAACUUUUAAAAGCAUCCCUGAUAAUGUCAUUUUUAGGGAAUUUAUUUGGGAAAGAUUAAAAGAAGCUGACAUAGAUCCCUGUGCUCCUCCUUAUGAUUCUCUACAGACAUAUGCCUUUGAGGGAAAUGGUUCAGUAGCUGAGUCACUCAGUUCUUUAGAUUCCAUCAGCUCAAACUCUGAUCAGAAUUAUGAUUAUCUCAGUGAUUGGGGGCCUCGUUUUAAAAGGCUUGCAGACAUGUAUGGAACUGGCCAAGACAGCUUAUACUCAUAGCCUUGGGACCUUACCAGGAAAUGCACUGAAGUAAAACAAAACAAACAAAAAGAACAAACACAAACUCUACUUAUUGGAUUUAAAAAGGAUGUAAAUAUUUCUCCAUUUUUAACUGUUUAGGUUUUUGCCUUGGUGAAGCAUAUCUUCAUUAGACUUGUCCUAGGGACUGCACUGACCACAGAUUCUGAGCAUUUGAAGGUAUUUUGAUAAAAUGAGAUGCUCAGAUAUAUUCGAAUAGAUAGUGACCCUUAUAUACCUGCAAAGGCAACUAACCUCUCUGAGUCAGUAGUGCACUGUGACCUUGAUGAGCCAGUGAUAACCUUGUAAAUGCCUUCCCAGUACCACUAGGUCUAGAUGUAAAGUUUCUGUCUCUGAUAUGAUGAAUGAUAGAAAAAUGUGGUGCCAGUCUAAAAAGUCUUAGUUCUUUAUACCAAAUCUUUGACACCUGCAGCUUACUGGCUCAUGACAUCUAGCAGAAUUUUGUUGAUUUUGGUAAAAGAAUCCAAAUGACCAGAAAGAUUUGCAAAUAUCUAGCUAGGUCCUGCUCAUUGCCUUGGGCCACUCCCCCUCACCAAAACAUUCAGAACCCUCUAACAUAUGUUAAUGUGAUGUAUGCUAAAAACUUAUAGAAUUAUUCUAUAAAAAUAAUUUAUGAAAUGCCAAAAAUAAGAAUUGGGGGAAAAGAAUACUCAAAGUUAAAAAUCAUCUUUAGAUGCCUGUGUAGGUAUGGGGGAUAAGUUGCUGUCUAUUCGAUUUUUUAUUAUCUCUUCUGAUUUGUACAGGAGAAUUUAUCUUUUUUUUUUUUUAAAUUUGACACAUGGUGUUAUAUUUAUUUUGGAGCUCAAUCUCCACAAAAUUCAGGUCCAUUUUACUGCCUCACAGUAUUAAACUCGUCAGAACAUGCUGAUUUUUCUCUGGUCUCAGCUACAUGAAGGAAAUGAAGCAUAGAAAUGGAGAAAUUACAGUAAAGCAAUUGAGCCCCACGGUCGUUCAUGUCUCAGAAAGGAGCACAGCUACAAGGACAUACAGUUGUUCUUCUGAGCUAUCAGAAUGGCUGAAACAUUUGAAUAAAGUAUUUGUACCUUGUAUUUUGGAAAGAAAACUUCAGAAGGAAUGGAGAGUAUCUUUGAAUGGAAGGUUGAAUUAUCGAGGUCAUAAGUUCUCAAUGAUCCUAAGACUUAAAAGAACUCAUUUUCCUCUAGUGCCGCCCCACUUUGCUGUUGAAGCACUUCAGUGAAAGACUAUUUGAAAUUUCUUUCCUAUGUUAAAAAAUGUAAGGCUAAUAACUUCAGAAUCCAUCUUAAGUUCCGGAUGCAAAUAAGUACCCCAAGGAAUUAACUUCAAAAUGCAUAAUUUCAAUACUGGUCUGGGAGUGCCAAAAUGAGGAUAAUUGCAGAUGGUCAAAAUACUGUAUAAUUUUGAAGUAGAAUUUCUUAGAAUAAGACAACUUUUUAUGAUUCCAAUAAUAUUUAUAGCUACAAGCUUUCAUGGUUUAAUACUAGUUUAUGAUGCAUAUAAUCAAUUAAGGAAAAUGCUUUUUUUUCUUUUGAAAAAGUUUGUAGUUGAGUUACUAAUAAAUCUGCAAAUAGUGAGCACUGUCUAAAAAUGGUGUUCUAAAAGAGCUUCUUUCUAUAUGAAGUAUUAAUAUGUUGAUUACAUAUAAGAGAAAAGGUAUCUAUGAAAAUCUGUAAUUUUGCAGCCCAACAUUAUAAAUGAAGUAUGUGAAAGUGGCCUUCAGCUUCAUCAAAAUAAACAAUUCAUCAAAUUUAAUUAUCUUCAAAUUUCUUUAAUUUUGGUAAAAUUUAACAAGAACCACUUAAUAUGUCCUACCACAAAUUGUAUCAAAGAAUAUAUACAAAUAUUUGUAUGCAUGUAUAUAUGUAUAUGCUUAUAUGUGCAUGUAUGUGUAUAUACAUAUAUAAAUAUAUACAAAUAUGAGUACACACCCAAUUUUAUAAUGGAAUUGAAAGAUAUUGCUCAUGAUCUUUAGUCAAACAAGUAAGGUUUUCAGUUAAAAAGGGAAAAAAUGUAGCUUGCUCUGUUCAAUAAAAGCAAAAUAUACUGCAGGAAUUAUAUAGGUAUUAAAUCAUCCAGGUGCUGAGAAAACAGUUUUAUAAUAAUCCUCUUGUUUGUAAGAAGAUAAAAUAUUUUAGUACAUUUGGAUUGUGAUGUCAAAACUGCUGAUUGUUGCACAUAUCACUAAAUGGAAUUCUGAGUUAUAUUAUACAAAAGAAAUAUUCUUCAUCUGCUUUUCCUCCACUUAAUAAGAAUAUAAAUUUUGUCAUGCACCCCCCUUCGAUAUGUGAUCAUAAAGGACUGGAGAAAUCAACUCUAGUUUAUUUUCUGCUCUGAAAUUUUUCCAUGCAACUAUUUUAUAUCUAAUGACCUGAAGAGAAUCCUGAACCUUCUGUUGCCUUGAACCAUCUGCUGAAUACAGAGCCACUUUUUUAAAAGGAAAUUCCUUAAAUUGAAUGAUACGUGUCGUAGGUAUUGGUAAAUUAUCUUCAUAUAACAGAACAUUCAUUGUAAUUGAAGCAUUUUAGUUGUUGUUUUUUUCCUUUUUUUUCUUGCAGGCACUAGUAUAAUGAGUAACAAAAAAGAUCAUCUGGAAACUACUUAAAUAGAGAAAGUUAUUUUUUCCUUGAACCAAGUGGGGAGCAAUUGGUUAUGGUCAGCUUCAGACAAAGUAAACAAAUUAUAACUGUAGAAAUGGCACUUGAAUUAAAAUGUCUGCCAUGGUGCUUGAAUUCCUAUCCAUUCAGAUGUUUUGGCAGCAAAUUCCAGAAACUUACUAAUUCUCAAUGAAUAAUAAAAAUAAGGUUGACAUUUACAUAGUGCUUUAAGAAUUGCAAAGUGUUUUACCUAUGGUAUCUAAUACUAGAACAGAAAUUUCUAUGUCAUCCGCAAAAUGUGCAGGUGGCAAGGGAGAGAUUUUCUCCUAAGCACCUUUCUCCAUAGCUUCAACGUGGGCUCAGCACGCCAUUCUGGAAAAUGGUAAAAUAAAAUGUUCAAGUAUGGAUCUUGACUCAGGGAGGCAAUAUGUUUAUAGAUUAGUCAGAUACAUGCAUAUAUGUAUACAUGUGUGUACACACAGAUAUAUAUGCACCACAUGUGUGGACAUAUGUACACGUUAUCUGCACACUUACAUGCUUGUGUAUGCAUACAUCUGGAUGUAUGUAUCACAAGCAGCACAGUAUAGUAGAUAAUUUGCCUCAGUGUCCAGAUGACUUACAUUUAAUUCUGCCUUUAAUUUAACUUUUUGCAGAACAUUUGCCAAUCAGAGACAUACACAUUUGUGUAUGUAUAUAGAUAUAUGUGUGUGUAUAUAUAUAUAUACAGGCACAUGCAUAUAGAGAGAGAGCUAUGGUUAUAAAUAUAUAUAAUAAAGGUAUAUAUUUCAAAAUAUAGAAAUUCAAAAAUAUUUAAUAAACUCAAAAUUAUACUUGAUAAGUCCAUAUAGAUAUCUUUCUAUGUCCCAAAAUAGAAUGCUGCGUGUCUAUUAGACUCACUUCUUUUAGUUUCAUGGAAUAAGACCUUCACACAUAGAAAGCUCAGAAAUAUCUCUUGACUUGUUGAUCUGAAUGAAAUUCUUUCUUGAUUGCUAUAAGUAGGCUAAUUGUAAAUAGAGAAAGUACAAUUAAAAGUCAGGAAUAUCAAGAGCAAAUUCCCAAGAAAAGAUCUAACCAAGUAUCUGGGUUGGCUUGUCAGUAGCAUCUCUGAACAUCAGGAUUUCUAAUUAGCAAAUGCAAUGAGCAGCAUUUGCAAUAACAAACUUGAGAGCUGAGUGUCCAAAGAAAAGGGGGAAUGCUGUGAUUUGGGUUUAAAGAGUUCAGCUUGGACCAUAAGUCAAGCACAGAAAAGAAUGCCUUGGAUUCUUAACUACCUACAAACAUCUGCCUGGGUGUCUCUUCUGCCUCAUUAUGGAUUCAAAGUUUAUUCUCUGACUCAGCCACCUAACUUCCCUUGAGUCCUGCAUUUGGUUUUGUAGUAACAUUCUGAAACAUUCACUUCAUAGAAUAUCAUGCUGUUUUAUAGGUAAAUGCAAAAGUUUUAAUAAAUAUUCUCAAGAGCACUGUAUGUAUUUUAUAAAAUGUGCACAGUAUAUUAAUUAAAUUUUCAUAUGCAAUAAUUGCAUUUGAAAAUCAGUAGUUGGGAUGUGCCUAAGUUCAGAGAAAAUCUUAAAUGAGAUGUAAAUAUAGCUUUUAAAAAUUACUGAAUUAAAAAUAACUGAAUUAAACACUUUCAAAUUCCUUUUUUUAAUUACAAGGAUAUUGUUUUAUGAAUUACUUGCUUUAAACACACUUUCUGUUAAAUCAAUAAAAGUUUUUAUUGAUUAUUUUUAACUUCUUAAA